UUUGUCUGCUGUUGGUUUCCUCUGCAGCCAACAAAGCGUUCGAAGGCAUUUUGUAUUCAGUGGUAAACGUCUCAGUAAAAACGGCCUCGAAGCAACUCGCUGGCUUUCAUCUACACUGAGCGCGUCCUCAGACUCUUUCAGAGGCCAGAGAUCCAAAAUGGGAGGAAAGCUCAGCAAAAAGAAGAAGGGAUACAAUGUAAAUGAUGAUAAGACCAAAGACAAGGAUGCCAAAGCAGAGGGGGCUUCUGCUGAGGAGAGCGAGGCAACGAAAGAGAACAAAGAUGAGGCCCAGGCUGCUGCUGACACUAAGGAGGUAGCAAAUGAUGCGGCGGCCAAGGAGGCACCGGCGGCAGAAGCUGCAGCAUCCAAAGAGGAGAAGAAUGCAGCCCCUGCUGCACAGGAGUCUGAGAAAUCUGCUGCCAAUGCGGAGGUGAAAACAGAGGCGCCCAAGAGUGCAGAGCCCAAGGCCGAGGAGAAACCAACUGCCCCUGUCCCAGCCCCUGCCACCAAGGAGCCUGAGUCCAAGACCGCAGCAGCCGAGAGCAAAGAUGAGGCUGCUACCAAAAAGACUGAGGCCCCCGCGGCACCAGCAACCAAAGCCGAGGCGGCCCCUGCUGCCUCACCUGAACCCAAGCCCGCCGAG